AUGAAGCAAGCAAAAUAUGAUAACGAGAGGGUAUUAAAAAAAGUGAAAGUUGAUCUCGUUGGAAACAACAACAACAAUAACGGCACAAAUCUUAAGUUAUUUACCGAGAGCCAGUUUAAAAAGAGAUUUCCAGACGGUUAUGAGAUUAAAACAUGGAGUUACCCAGACGAUGAACUAUUAAAACUAAUACAAGAUAUAAUGGAAGUUAAUGUGGAUGAUGCCAUAGAGCAAGUUUUUAAUAAAUAUCACACGGAAUGUGAAAAAGUAUUCGUAUCAAAAAACAAUGAGAGAUAUUAUGACGAAAAAGUAGUUGAAGAUGAAAUACUUGUUAUCAAAAAUAUGAAAAGAAAAUUAUUAUUUAAGAUAAUUGAGAAAAUCAUAUUGAAAUUAUCCAAUGUUAAGAUACCCAGUAGAGUAAAAUCCCAAUUUUUUGAUUUGGAAUAUCUAUUAGCCAAACAGGAAUAUAUAAAACAAGAAUAUGCAAAUAUUUUGGAAAAUACAGAACAUUUGGAGGAGAAAUGGGAAAAUAUAGUAACAAGGAAUACUGAUGGUGGUGAUACUGUAACUGAGGAGUUGAAGAAUGAUAAAAACAAUGGUUCUUUGGGCUUCGACACUUUUAUCCAAUUUAACAGGGACAAGUUAGAGUAUAAUUUAGAUAUAUCUCUUGAUUAG